AUGACUAAUAAUUUUUUACCAACACAUCCAUAUCUAUCAAUUGCUUUAGCUACCUUAGGACUUGGAGCAUUUCAAUGCAUCUUUAUUUAUUAUAUCAUGAUUAAAGAUAGCGAAAAAAGACAUUUACAAUUACUUGAUAAAAUCAAUCAUUUAAAUGAUGAAAUUUUAUUAACAAAAGGAGAAAUAAUUCAAUUAAAUAAGCAAUUGUUUAAAUGUAAAAAAAAUGUUACUUUUUAUGAUGAUUUAAAUGAAAAUAUUUUAAAAAAAUAUAAAUAUAGCUCAUCUAGUAGUAUUAUGUCAGAUUCAUUAUAUUUAGAUGUUAGCGAAAAUUUUAAAGAUUUUAUAAAUGAUAAUCCUACUAUUGCGAGUGAAGAUAAUUUUCAAAAAAUGCAUGAUAUAAUUAAUUUUGACUUUAAAACUAUUGAUGAACAACUUGAAAAUCAUGAAAAUUUAGCUGCUUACAAUGCUUUGAAGGCUCUUUAUGAUGAAUCUAAUGAAAAUAAAAAAGAUAUUGAAUUAUUGUGGAGAUUGUGUCGUGCUUGCUAUCAAAGAGGAUCUGAAUUUGCUGCUAAAGAUUCAAAAAGAAAAGAGUUUAUGUUUGAGGGAAAAAAAUAUGGUGAAGAGGCUGUUAAAAUUGAUGACACCAAUAUUAAUGUCUUGAAAUGGGCUGCUGCCUGUACUGGUCAAUCAACAGAUUUUAUGGGAACAAAAGAAAAAAUUGAAACUGGACAUUAUUUUAAGAGUUUACUUGAUAAAGCUCUUUCAAUUGAUUGUUCUGAAUAUACACUUCUUCAUAUGCGUGGUAGAUUUUGUUUCUCUGUUGCUUCACUUUCAUGGAUUGAACGUAAGGCAGCUUCCGCUUUUUAUGCAACUCCUCCCUCUGCAACUUAUGAAGAGGCAUUAGCUGAUUUUCUUAAAGUUGAAGAAAUUAAGAACGGGGAAUGGUUAGAAAAUCUUCUUUAUAUUGGACGUUGUUACUAUCAAAUUAGUGAUAAAUCAUCUUCCCUUAAAUAUCUUAAGAUGGCUCUUGAAUGUCCAACCAACAAAGGAGAAGCCGAAAAAGAUAUGUUAAAUGAAGUUCAAGCUUUAAUGAAAAAAUGUUCUAAGUAA